CACAACAGGACACAACCCCAAAACCCUAACACACACACACACACACACACUCACUCACUCACUCAGGCUCUCUCUCUUUUUCCAAAAUAACCACUUUAUUAUUGUUGUUGCUUUUUGUCUUUCCAUCUUCACUCGUUUUUUACCACCACCCGAUCUCUGCUUAUAAUGGAUGAUAAUCAGAAAUCGGAUCCAGGUGGCACGCCCGUUUUCAGUAGCGACUCGAGCUGGACACUCGCUGAGCCUGACUCGGACAGUGUAAAUUACUUGCUUAACGGCGAUAGAGACUCUUCUAUUCUCACUGAAUUUGGCUGGAAUUUUCAUCCUGACAGUUCACGCUCCUUCGCCGAUGAGAGAUCCGAUUUCUUGGGGAACGACGUCGAUUAUGCUUUGCCGCAGACUGCUAGUAGCGUCGACUUACAUGCUGGUCCGGUCAUUUCGGUACCGUCUGCUGACGUGUCGACGUCCAAUCCGUCUGUGUCAUCGAGCUCCAGCGAGGAUCCGAAGACGGAGAAGUCUACGGCCUCCGGCGUUAAACCGCCUGAGAUACCCAGGAAUAAGGUGAGAAAGAAAGGACAAAAGCGAAUUCGGCAGCCACGUUUCGCAUUUAUGACUAAGAGUGAGGUGGAUCAUCUGGAAGAUGGCUAUAGAUGGAGAAAGUAUGGACAGAAAGCUGUUAAAAAUAGUCCAUUCCCCAGGAGCUACUAUCGUUGUACAAAUAGCAAAUGUACUGUGAAGAAGAGGGUGGAACGGUCCUCCGAAGAUAUCAGUAUUGUAAUUACAACUUAUGAAGGUCAACACUGUCAUCACACCGUUGGAUUCCCUCGUGGUGGAGUCAUUAAUCAUGAAGCUGGCUUUGCUGCCCAUUUGCAUCCUACAUUCUCACCUUACUAUUAUCCGGCAGUUCAGAUGCCACAGGAAAGUCCCAGUAGUGUACAGUCUCAUCAAUAUGAAGAGAGAGAACAGCCUGCCUUGCCAGACCAAACCCCACAGCUGCCCACUGAUGAAGGACUACUUGGGGAUAUUGUGCCUCCGGGAAUGCGUAAUAGAUGAUACAGAAAACAAUGGGAUGAGUGGUAGACAGGAAAAUGAUAUAUCUUACCUUAUUAGUAGGACCAUGCCCAUGUUGCUAUCGAUUUUGAAACUUGAAACCCUCCUGCAGUUUAGUCUGGAGGUAGGUCUCUGAAAAGGGAAGGGAGAGUCAUGUUAUUUGAUGAUAAUAUAUACACAUAUAUAUAUGUAUAAAAAAUGAUGAUUGCUUUGGAAAGCUGUAACUGAAUUGGUGUAGGCAGAUUAAUUAAAUUGUAGCAUCCCAGAUUAUUGGAAGAUUACUGCUAACUUUGUUAUU